AUGGGGGGCGUCAGUACGCCUUCCUCCACGGACGGCGGCGGUGGCUGUGGUGUCGCGGCCCCCGCCGCCGAGGCCUCCGCAACGGAUGGUAAUCAAGGCGGGAGGUGCGUGUGCAGACGCCGCAGCGAGUGCGGGGCGGGGGAGCGCGAGGCCGCGGCCCCCGUGGUCUGCCGCACCUCCCGCUUUCUCGCACAACACCCGGCGGGCCACGACUGCGGGAUGCCGGGGGUGAGCCACGGCGAGGCAGGGCGCUGGUGCCACGCCGCCACGCCGCCGCACGCGUGUCAGUGCGACGUCGCUCGUCUCCCGACGUCGGUGCUCGACGUCGUGUUUACGUUUCUUCAGGCGGAGGACCUGCGCACGGUGCUCGGCGUGUCGCAGAGUUUUUACCGUGCCGCCAGUGAGUCGGACCGGACCGCCUGGAAGGCCGCCUGCUUCUCCCUCUGGCGCGGCAAGCAGGGGCUGGGGGGCGUGGCGGAGAUGUGGGCGGCCGCGGAGGAGGCGUGCCGGCGCGAGGAGCUGGAGGUCAUCUCCCUGCAGCAGCAGAUGUUGAUGGGUGCGCACACGAGCGACACCACCACCGCCGCGGCCGCCGCGACGCAGGAGUGGAUGAGGCUGCAGGGCGGCGAGACGGACAGUGAGGCGGGGGAGAAGCCGACGCGGGAACGGGCACACCACGACCCGCCGCCGCCGCCUCCACCGCCCCCAACACCGCCGCCGCCGUGCUGGACUGGGUGCGCUGGGAAAAGCGAGUCGGCGUCCAUAGCCACCACAGCCAGCGACGGCGACAGCGUUGCCACGGGGGCAAGAGGCGCGCCGCAGCAACUGUGGGGUCGCGCCUCGCUUCGCAGCACCCCGACGUACGAUGCCAUCAUGAACACUACGAACUCGCCUCACCUACGCGCGUCGUUGGUGUCGCCGGUGCGCCGCGGCGUCUCGCUCGUGGAGCGUCCCGCUGACACAACCGCCGCCCACGCGGAGAGGCUGUACUGGUGGCAGCUGACCCCGGAGCAGCGGCAGCAGCAGUUGUAUCGCAUGCAGCAGGACUCGCAGCGCCGCCGACUGCGGGCGCAGCAGCGGCAACACCUCCAGCUGCUUGACGAGGAGGGGGCGGAGGCGAACACCACCACCACCACCACCACCACGACAAGCCGUACGCUCACGGGUGAACCCGUGGCGUCGCCGCGGCGGCGGCGGCUUCGCACGGGCAGCCUCGGCCCACCCCUAAGCCACAGCGCCGGCAGCAGCACCAGUGACCCAUCGCUGCCACUCUCGCUUCCCUCCGCGUGUGCGGCGGCGGGCGCCGACCAGCUGAGCCCGCGGCCUCCCGCUGAAAAAGAAGCAACAGAAGACGCGGGGGACUCCGCUGACGACCUCGACGACACCGACGCCGACACCGAGGCGACCGGGAGGCGGGACGGCGACCCGUACGAGGAGUUCGCGGAGGAGAUGGCCCUGACCCACUCCCUCAGCCUGCUGCAGCACGCCCAGCAAAAGGCGCUGCGCCGCGCCGCGGCUGUGGGGAGCUCGCGGCAGGGAGGCGGCGCGGUGGACGACGCCGAGGAGGAAGCGAUGCAGCUGCCGGUUUCGUGGAAGUUUGCCUACCACAUGUCCCUCCGCGACGCGCGACGGCAGUGGGUGACGAAGCAGGAGCUGAUAGAAUCCACGUGGUACGUGUGCUUUCGCGCCACAGGAAAAACGCAUCCUGCGACGUUUGCGACAAACGGCACCUUAAUCAUUCACCCCGCCGUGCACGCACUGGCCGGGACGGGCGCUGCUGCCAGGGCCGGCGGGGCGGCGAUGCCUCCCCUCUUGUACCACCUACUGAAGGGCGGCAGCGAACUUGUGGUGCACAACUUUCCCCCGCUGAAGGUGCACCGUCGCUUGGCGCUUGCAUCAGAUGCCGCCGCCAACAACGUGGGGGAUUCCCCUGGCGGCGCUGCAGACGCCACUGCUGUUCCACUGCGGCCUGCGAUUGCCGGCACGCAUGCCACAAAUCAAGAAGCUGCGGAGCGCGCGUUCCUCGCCGAGCCCGGCGCCACGCUGCGCCGCCUCAUGGCAAAGGGGGAGAAAGACACACCUGCAGAGGGGGGAACUGCGGGAGACGCUGAGGUUCCGGCCGUGGCUGGGCCGGCAAAGGACGACGCUCCUACCGCGGACUGGGGGUGGGGCAUGCAAAACUUUUUCGUGAAAAUAUUUUCUACGGGGACGCCUGUCCCAUUGUACAUUCACCGACUGCGGCGCACCUGUGCGCCGCGGCCUCCCUGA